AUGGAUGGGGGUAGCAGCCUCAACAUCCUGUAUGUUGAGACCCUCAACACCAUGGGCAUCCCACCGUCCAAGCUCCGCACCUCUAUCUUCCCCUUCCUUGGGAUCGUCCCAGGCAUGAGGGCGUACCCCAUGGGGAAUAUAGAGCUACCGGUCAUGUUCGGUGACUGUAACACCCUAAUUGACCAUAGCAACUACCGCACCGAGACCCUGAUCUUUGAAGUAGUCUAUUUUGAGGGAUUGUACCACGCCAUCCUCGGGCGUCCGGGCUACGCCAAAUUCAUGGCGGUCCCCAACUACACCUACUUCAAGUUGAAGAUGCCGGGGCCGAACGGCGUCAUCACGGUCAGCAGCUCCUUCGAGCAUGUCUACACCUGCAGCCGUGAGCACUUUGAGCUUGCCACCGCCCUCGCCAACUCCGUCGAGCUCCAGCAGCUUCAACGGAUAGUGACGGAAAGCGCCCCCGACUCCAAUGAGCUGACUUUGUCCAGUGCCAUCUGCACGACAGAUGACACCAAAGUAGUCGGCGUCGACCCCAAUGAGCCGACCAAGACUGUGCGGAUCGGGUCCCAGCUCCCGGCCAAAUAG